GAACUGCAAACCCUUUUCAUAUAUACUUUAGUCGAGUUAUAUAAAUACUGUGAGUUGCAAAUAAAAAUGAAUGGCUCCUUACUUUGUACCCCUUUUUAUGCUUUGGUCCAUUGCUUUAAUUAUAUAUGAUAUGUACCUUUUUGUUGUAUGUGUAAGAACUAAGAGCCAUUAGAGAAGCAGUGAAGCACACCCCAUACCCUCUAUUUUAAGCUCUGCCUACCACACCAUUCUUCCAAUUCUACUUCUUCUUCUUCAGUGCUCUCCUACCUACACCCCAAAAAACCCACUCCACCAUGGAAGAAGAACAAUUCAACUCUAUAGAUUCUGAGGCUCAAACCACAUCUUCUUCCUACUCAAAUUCAACCACAUCUUCUUCUGCAGAAUCUGAAGCCCAAAAAGUCAGCAAGAGAUCAAAUCAACAAGUACUUGAUCAUGAUCAAAAGGGUACGAACGAGGAUGAUGAUGACGAUGACGAUGAGGAUCAAAUCAGUCAAAAGAAAGCAAAGAUCAAUGAUAGUAAUGGGAGGCAGCAUCAUGAUCCAGUGUACAGAGGAGUGAGAAUGCGUCAAUGGGGGAAAUGGGUGUCAGAAAUCCGAGAGCCAAGAAAGAAGUCAAGAAUUUGGCUUGGAACUUUUCCCACCCCUGAAAUGGCUGCUCGAGCGCACGAUGUGGCUGCCCUAACAAUCAAAGGCCGCUCUGCUGUCCUCAACUUUCCUGAGCUGGCUCAGGAGCUUCCCCGUCCGGCUUCUGCGUCGGCAAAGGACAUCCAGGCUGCUGCUGCCAAAGCAGCUGCUCUUAACUACCCAAUAAGCUGUAGCAGCAGUAGCAGCAGCAGCCGUGAAGCCGACGCGGAAACUGAAGCAGAGCUGAGCCAGCACAGGCAAGCUGUCCAUGAUACACAAGACUCAUCAACUUCACCAUCAACCAAUAACGACGACACGUUUUUCGACCUUCCUGAUCUGCUGUUAGAUUUUGGGCACCACAGGGAUCAUGGGUUUUGCUUCUCUGUGCCAUGGCUUGAAGAGCCUAAUAAUUUCCUGUGGAUGGAAAAUUGAAAGCCAAUAGGACAACAA